AUGAAUUUCACCAUAUCCACCCGGGUGGUUCGGCUAGCUUUGCUGGUGCUGCUGGCCGGAGUCAUCCAAGUUCGAGCAAGAAAGUGCCCCCAGGAAUGUCAGUGUGACCUCGACACAAAGGGACGAUACCGGACCGUCUGCAACCGAGUCGAGUGGAUCGCACCACCGCUCGAAAAGUUCGAGCAGGACGUGGAGGUCCUAGUGAUUGUCAACACCCGCCAUCCGCUCAACGUCGGCCCGGCGUUCCAGUUUUUCAAAAAGCUCGAGAUCCUACGGAUCACCGAUGCGAACGUGCCCUCGGUCGGCGAUCGGUCGUUCUGGGGUCUGGUGCGCCUGAAGACGAUGGAUCUGUCGCGCAACAACAUCACCCAGCUGACGACGGAAAACUUCCGCGGACAGGACAAUCUCCUGGAGCUGGAUCUGUCCCGCAAUCGGCUCGACAAUAUAGCGAGUGGUACAUUCGCCCACCUAAAGGAACUGAAAACACUUCACAUGAUAGACAACUCCAUCAACGAGCUCAACACGCGGCUGUUCCAUCAUCUGGCCAAGUUGAAAUAUCUUGACCUUAGCUUUAACUCCAUCGAGGACCUACCGCCGGAAGUAUUCAAAGAUGUGCAGGACUUAAAAACGCUCAAGGUGCGCGGUUGUCGCUUGUCGAACGUGAAUCCUCAAAUCUACAACAUACUCUCUCACCUGACAGAGCUCGAUCUCGGAAGGAACCAGUUCAAAUUCUUGGAUCGUGACGAGUUUAAGGAUCUGCACCAUCUGCGCACGCUACGGCUCGAUGGCAACCAACUUUCGGUGAUCGUCGAUGAAUUAUUCAAAAACCAGAAAGGGUUGAACUAUCUCGACAUCUCCCGGAACCGGCUGGCGAAAAUUGCGGACCGUGCGUUCGAGAGCCUGACCAACCUGACGUAUCUCGACGUCGCGUACAACAAGCUGUCCCACAUCGAGCCGGCCUGUUUGCGACCGCUUCGGAACCUUCAAACGCUCAACAUCAGCGGAAACGUGCAGCUGGAUCUGAGCGAAAUGGACGACACGAUACAGGUCAUAAAGAACAUUUCCGCGCUGAUGGUGGCCGAUAUGGGAACGCUUCCGCUGAGUCUGUUCAUGCCAUUCCGCCGGCUGGGAGCACUCAACCUGUCCGGCAACCACAUCGAUAACAUCACACUACAAAUCAUCGAACCGUUGGCCCACUUGGAGUUCUUGGAUCUGUCACGGAAUCAAUUGAACGGCAUCCCGGAGCGGUACGCGACGCAGCUUUCACGAAUUGCUGAUGUCAAGCUGGAAAAUAAUCCUCUCAUCUGCGACUGGUGCCAUAUGGGACCGCUCAUCAUGCAGGCGAAAAAGCUCGCGGAAGGGCUCCCCUGGCAGGAGGUUCCCCGAUGCUUUCUACCCGAGCGAUUGCGCGAGGUACGCAUCGAUGGGCUCGACCAAGACGGUGUCGAGGACUGCAUGGAGGUGAUAGUGGACGAGGACCACGAUGCGGCCAGUACGUCGCACAAUUUCCUCGAGCAAGCCGGCAGUGUUAGCAUAUUGGCAUUUUGUGGGUUAAUUCUUUUCAUCCUGCUCGCCAUCAUUGUCGUUUCCACCGCUUUGUGUUUUUCGAGGCAUCGAGCGAGAUAUUAUACACACGAGGAUAAACGAGACGCGAUCCUCGAGAAGAACACCGAAACGCCAACCAUAACGACGGGCAGCGAGAUCAACUUCAAGUUCCCGUACAACGAGCGCGUCUGCACGAUCGACGAGAUGUGCAUUCCGGCGCCCCCGCCACCCCCGGGCAAGCUGGCCCCCGCCAGCAUCGAGCGAUUCGAUUAA